AUGAACUUUCUUUCUAGCGCCCUUUCUUCGCUCACAGGCUUGUCCAUUCCUUAUUCGUUCAAAGAGAAAAUCGUCGAGCCUCUCAGCGUCGACCCGUCUUCUCGUUCCAUCUGGACAGUAUACAAUGGUACCAACCCGAAAACAGACACGCCGGUGUCGAUAUUUGAGUUCAACCUAAAAGACCCAUCGUUGGCCCAGUACGAGCCGUUGGCCCGCAACAGUUUCCGCAAGCUCAAGCUUGUCCGCUUGCCCCACAUCGUUGCAGCUCUAGACUUUUUCGACUCCGAUCUGUACUUGUACAUCGUGACAGAGCAGGUUGUGCCGCUCACUCAAUAUUUGGCCGACGAACGCGUUACUGCCGAUGCCAAACUCUACGGAAUCCACAGCAUUAUUCAGGCAAUCCUGCUUGUUAACUCAAAGGCCCACUGCGUCCAUGCUUGUUUGAACUCGCUGGCUGUGUUUGUGUCGGCCCAAGGCGAAUGGAAACUAUUCGGUUUUGAGUUGCUUACAAACCUCGACUCUGAUCCUGACCAGCCUGUUUACCGUCUUUCUGCCCGCCAGCCCCAUUUCUCCUCUGGCUUGCCAGCCGAGGCAAUAAACGGCAUUGAAGGCAUUCGUCCUGCUCCCACAAAACUCGACUCUUUCCGUUUGGGAAUGUUCAUCUUGUGGGUAUUGGUGGGCGAUAUCGCACAAGAUGAAUCUUCCAUUGACACAAGCCAAGUGGCGUCUCAUAAGAUCCCACGACCAUUGGUGGCUCUGCUCAAGCGCCUUUUGAACGCCAAACCAAGCCUUCGGACCCUGGUGGAGAGAUUUUCUCAGGAAACUGCUUCAUUUUUUGCCAACAGUCCCCUCGUGGCGCUUAGUGCACUCUUGGAUGAGCUCAAGUUUCAAAGUGAUGCCGAAAAAUUGGCCUUCUUUAAGAACGGAAUGGCCCCAUACGUCGAAGCCGAGUUUCCACCAGGAUACUUGGACAAAAAAUUGCUUCCUGAAAUCGUUUCCCAGUUCAACCUUUUGCUGAAAGCUAAACCUACAGUCAAUAGUACCCCUGAACAACACCAGCAGCGACAAGAAUCGAUUUCGCUUUUGCUCAAUCAUAUUUUGAAACUCAGCACAAAUUUGGCUGAUGAACCAUUUGGUAGCAUGGUCAAGCCCAUAAUAUUUCAGUGCUUUGCACUUCCGGACAGAUCGAUUCGUCUUACACUUUUGCACCACUUGCCAUCAUAUUGUUCUCGUCUUUCUGACUACGAGGUUCAGUCCAAGAUUUUUUACAACUUGGUGACGGGUUUCCAGGACACAAACUUCAUGAUCCGCGAGACAACAUUGACUCUGAUAACCACAAUUAUAGACAAGGUUAGUGUUAAGCAAGUGAAUCAAGACUUGCUCAAAAUCUUGGCCAAACUGCAAAUGGACCCUAAACCGUCGAUUCGAACAAACACGUUGAUUUUGAUCAUCAAAAUCUCCAGCAAGAUUUAUGCAAACUCGCGUAAUAGCGUGGUUAUUACAGCUCUUUCCAAGUCUCUACGCGAUUCUUUCACUCCUUGUAAAUUAACAGCGCUUCAAGGAUUCGAAAAGCUUGUGGAUGAUUUUUCUUUAGACGAGAUCUGCGGUAAGAUUUUGGGACACUUGGCGAUUGCACUUAUGGACGGUAAAAGUGCCAAAGUUCGAGAAGAGGCAAAGCGCGUGUUCCAAUUGUAUUUUGGUUACGUUGAAAAACACGCAGCCACGUUGCCGAGAGUGGAAGAGGACGAGGACGAAGAAGAAAGGGAGUUUUUCAAGAAAUUCGCUCCUGUUGAAGCGAAGGAGAAAACAAAUUCGGAAGCUGCUGCGUCUCCUGCUGAAGGUGGUGCACUUUCGUUCGGCUGGAGUAUGGUCAAUAAAUUUGUGACCAGUUCAGAAGUUCAGGGUGAUAUUGAUGAGUCGUUCAACAGAUCCACUCCGGAUUUGACAAGAAUAUCGACACCAACUACUCAAGAAACACAGAAACUUGAUACGGACAACUGGAAUGACGAAUUGGACGACAAUGACGGCUGGGGUGAUGACGACUUUGAUAAUGAACCAGAAAUUUUGGCUCCUCCACCCAAACCUUCAGUUUUAGCAAGAGCAGCAAAACCUUCUCGACCAUUGGGAAAUGCAACUACAAAAAAGACUCUCAAGUUGUCAACUAAGAAGGUCAAUAAAGCCCCUGGCUCCACUCUCAAACUAAAUCUCCAGGAUAACGACAAUGAUGAUGAUGGCUGGGGCGGAGAAUGGUAA